CGUCCCGGAAAAAGCAAUGACUGGUGAUAAUGACGGUCCUGCCGGCAUCGCUAUUGUCGGCAUGGCGAUGAGGCUACCUGGUGGGGUUCGUACGGCAGAAGAAUUUUGGGAACUCUUGAUCAACAAACGUGAUUGUUCCUCGGAGGUUCCAAACACUCGCUACAACGUGGAUGCCUUUUACCAUCCGAACAAGCCGCAGUCCGUCCGUACGAGACGGGGGUAUUUCCUGGAGGAUGAGUACCUCGGAAAGGCCGACAUGGCCUUUUUCUAUCAGAUGGGUGGAUUCACGGCCAGUGAACUAGAUCCGCAGCAAAUGCUAUUGAUGGAGGUAGUAUGGGAGUGUAUGGAAAACGCAGGACAAUCUAGUUGGCGUGGAACCGACAUUGGAUGCUAUGUAGGCACAUUUGGGGAGGACUGGCAUGAGCUGAUGGCCAAGGAAACCCAGGCAAUCUCCAGAGUUCAUGCGUUUGCCAAUGGAGGGUUUGCCCUGGCAAAUAGAGUAUCAUAUGAAUUUGAUUUGAAGGGACCCAGUGCCACAAUCAUGACAGCAUGUUCAUCAUCUCUGAUGGCGCUGCAUGAGGCGUGUCAAGCGCUGCAGAAUGGAGACUGCUCGUCCGCAAUUGUGGCGGGAGCCAACAUGCUUCUCACCCCAUCUAUGACAGUGAACAUGUCAGAAAACAUGGUGCUCUCUCCGGACGGUUACUGCAAGACGUUUGAUGCUAGUGCCAAUGGCUAUGCCAGAGGAGAGGCUGUCAAUGUGAUUUACAUUAAGACCUUAGAUCAAGCCCUUGCAGAUGGAGACCGUGUUCGCGCAGUGAUCCGGGCCACAUCGGCUAACUAUGAUGGAAGAACAGAUAAGAUCUUUGCUCCAGAUAUUGACAGUCAGGAGCGAUUGAUCCGAAAGGCCUAUGAAAGAGCUCGGAUCCACAAUAUCAAGGACACAGCGUUCAUCGAGUGUCAUGGGACAGGGACCAAGGUUGGAGAUAUUGUUGAAGCAAAUGCUAUUGCUCGGGUCUUCGGCCCACAUAGUGUGUAUAUAGGAUCAGUAAAAUCCAAUGUGGGCCACGGGGAGGGAGCAUCAGGCCUUACAGGCGUUAUUAAGUCAGUGCUCGCCUUGGAGCGGCAUAUCAUUCCGCCAAACAUGCACUUUGUCCAGCCCAAUCCCAAGAUCCCAUUUGGAACAGCGGGACUUCGCGUCCCUACUGAGCCAACCCCAUGGCCGCUAGGACGCAAGGAACGUGUCGGCGUCAACUGCUUUGGCAUCGGCGGGUCUAAUGUCCAUGCCAUUCUGGAGUCUCUGUCCACGGCUGAUCAUCCCAGUCAAAACACGCGAGACAAGGCCCCUUUGCGCCCGCGGCUCCUUGUAAUAUCGGCACACAGUAAGACUGCCCUGGACAUGCGUCAGGAGGAUAUGCAACUAUACCUCAAGCGAUGCCCGGAGCAGCUUGGCAACAUAGCCUAUACUCUUGGAGUUCGCCGUGACCAUCUUCCACAUCGCGCAUAUACAAUUGCCGAUGGCGUGAGUACAACCGGCUUUCGCCAAGUUACCAAUGAUCCAAGUAGAUCCCCAGCCUCGGUUAUAUUUACUUUCACCGGGCAGGGAGCACAGUGGGUUGGGAUGGGACGGGAGCUGAUCAACAAUUUCCCCUGCGUUCAACGCGAUGUUCAGGCCAUGGACAAAGUCCUACAGGAACUGAGUACACCACCGAGGUGGAGUAUUGAAGGGGAGCUCCAGAAUCUUCAUGGGGAAAACCACAUUGAUUGCCCUGAAUACGCUCAGACAUUGUGCGCUGCUGUGCAGAUCACCUUGGUGAACCUCCUGAAAGGCUGGGGAAUUCAUCCGUCCGGUGUGAUAGGGCAUUCCAGUGGCGAGGUCAUUGCAGCGUAUGGGGCCGGGGCAAUUACAAUGCGUACAGCAAUUAUCACUGCGCAUCUCCGUGGACAAUGUGUGGGUGGGUGCUCCGGUGCAAUGGCUGUGGUUGGUCUCGGACUGGCAACUGUUACCAGUUUCCUGAUUGAUGGGGUGGCAAUCGCUUGCGAGAAUAGCCCUCAGAGUGUGAACAUUUCGGGAGACCAGGAGAAGGUCAUCACAGUGCUUGAUCAGAUCAAGGUCAAGUAUCCAAGUGCAUUUAUCAGGCAAUUGCCAGUCUCAGUGGCAUAUCACUCCCCUGACAUGUGCCGUGUGGGGCCGGCUUUUGAGUCGACCAUCUCCCCAUACAUUACGCACAAUGAUGCUAUGGUUCCCAUGUACUCCACUGUAACAGGAGCGCGAAUCACAGACCCGGGGGAGCUCAAUGCAGCAUAUUGGCGCAAAAAUCUUGAGUCUCCAGUUCAAUUUAAUAUAGCGGUGCAAGAACUUAUCGCUCAAUCUCCAGCAAGCAAGUUCACUUUUCUGGAAAUUGGACCCCAUCCCACACUUUCUGGACCUCUCCGACAGAUUCUUACGGAGCGGCAAGAUACCCAGAGCACUUAUAUCCCGACACUUAGAAAACAAAAGAAUCAGGUACACUGUCUGCUGGAGGCAGCAGGACAGGCGUUUCUAAACCAAUGUGCUGUCAAUUUUGAAGCAAUUAACGGUAAAGGAGCGGUCCUGUCCAACCUCCCAGUGUAUAAAUGGGACCGACAAGAUGCCCACUGGCGGGAGAGCCGAGUGAGCCAGAGCUGGAGGUUCCGACAGCACCCCCACCACGAGCUUCUGGGAUCACGGAUCUUGGAGGGGAGUGAUCUAGAGCCAGCGUGGAGAGUCUUGCUAAGCACACGGAAUGUAUCCUGGCUCAAUGAUCAUCGACUCUUGGGGGAGACAAUAUUCCCAUGCGCUGGGUACAUCGCCAUGAUCAACGAAGCGAUGUUUCAACUAUUCAACACACAGGAAUGUACAAUCCGCAACCUGCUUAUCCAAAAGCCACUUCAUUUCCCAGAUUCUGAUCCGGUUGAGCUCAUCACUACUGCACGGCCGGUGAGAAUAAGCGACAGGGUGAGCUCAAAAUGGUAUGAAUUCACAAUCGUGUCGUAUAACGGUAAAGGAUGGGUUAAACACACUACUGGUCAAGCAAAGGCGGGUGUAGAGGAGCGACCCCCGGCGGCGGAUAUUUCGCAAGCUUUUCCUAGACUUGUUUCAUCGGAUUUUUGGUAUGGUGCGUUGGAAAAGCUUGGCCUGGAGUAUGGACCUCACUUUCGAGUUCUCCAAGAUAUCACCGCCGAUCCGAUGAACUUCCGAGCCACUGCCAUCGUUCACGGUGAUUCACCCGACCAGAGAAGCAAUCUCGCGGUUCACCCAACCGUCAUCGACGCAUGCUUACAGCUAUUCAGUGUGGCCGGAUGCAAAGGAAAGGCGCUGUGUUUGAACAAGCUUUGUAUCCCUACAUUUAUCGACAAGAUUCAUAUUGGUCGAAAUCAGCCAGUGAUGAAUGCCGAGGCGUGGGGAGAUAAUCCCACUUCCACUGAGGGACGGGGAACCGUGGUCCUCGCAGCCGAUCAACAACACGUCCUGUCGAUGCAUGGGGUAAGUAUAAUGUACUUGGGUCAUGAAUUGCGAAGCGAGGAAGGGGCCGUCCCUUUAGCGUCCUGCGUCGAAUGGAGGCGGGAUCUCAACUUCACGCAUAGCGACCAGCAACCAGCUUCCCUGAAGGCCAGAGAUGAAGCUUCGGGUUUGAUUAAUGAACUCUCCAUCAUCUCGAUAAUUCAAGUUCAUCGGCUCAUCGAAAAUGCAGUUCCAGGUUCAGAGGCACUGCAGGACUACCAGUUAUGGAUCCAAUCCCAGGUGCGAGACAUGCAAAAUGCGUGCUACCCAGCAUACAUUGGCCCUGAGUGCCUGGAGUGGAUAGAAAUGGACGACGAUACCCUUCAGCGGCAGCGGCAUAUAUGUAGUGAGGCAUUAAAGGCCCGGGGCCUAGGCUUCAUCCCACAGCUGAGCCAAUGCGUGGUGAACGCCUCGUUGGACGUCGUCAAGGGAUUGGUGGAUCCCUCUACUCUUGAGAUCCAGGAGCAAUUUAACGAGCUACAUAGCUGGGCCUUGUCAAUCGACCCUGUAUCUGAAUGGCUCUACUCUCUCCGUCAUUGCAAUCCACUGCUCAGGGUUCUUGAAGUGGGGUCAGCAAGAGGAGCAUUCUCAUCCGAUAUCCUUGAUUGUCUCGUCUCCGAUAAGAUGCGCUAUUAUUCGCUGUACACGUGGACAGAAGCCUCUGAGAUAACUUCUGCAGCGGAAGAACAGCUUGGAGACUAUAAGCAAGUAGUAUUCAAACGCUUCCGGGCAAAUAGUUAUGACCUUAUAUUGGGGUCUAAUGUAGACCAGUUAAGGACUGCUCUACAAAAUAUCAAGAAACUGCUAGGUCCUCGGGGGCGACUGUUGCUGCGCCAACCAACUCCAGGUAACAUUGCGUCAAUCGUUAAUAAUCAUACGUCGCUCGCACUAUGGCGCACAGAGCUCCAACGAACCGGGUUCAACAUGGUUGAGGGGGAUAUGUGUCGCAAUUGCCUAUACUAUAAUAUUAUAUCUCAGGUCCCGGAUGAUGAGGUGCUGGAUCAGAACCCCAUAUAUCUCCUCUGCCGUAGUAAAAUGCAUUGUGCUUCAUGGAUCUGUGCAGUUGAAAUGAAUCUCGAGCAGAAGGGUUAUGAAGUCCGAAGAUGCACGAUUGGGGAGGAAAUACCUUUCGAGCAUCAGGUCAUUUCGCUCCUAGACGUGGAGGAGCCCUUCUUCAAAAACGCCAGCGAGGAAAGCUGGAAGUCCUUCCAGCAGUUUGUUGGGUACUCGCCCCGGGUUCUUUGGGUAACCAAGGCAGUCGAGCUUUCAUGCCCGGACCCGGACUUUAGCUUGGUGCUCGGGGUGUCGCGGACAGCACGACUGGAGCAAGGGCUGCAUUUCGGAACCCUCCAAAUAGACAAUUUUGAUUCCGUGGCCGCAGAAGCGCUGGGGAACGUGGCGAAGCGGUUUUUCCGACAAUUCGAAGGUGACGUGGGGAUGGGCGCGAUCUACAUCCCUCGCGUUCAAUGGACAUCGCUACAGGACCAACUUCACACUGACGCACAGCAUGACAUGCCUGUCAAGCUGGAUAUCGAUUCAUAUGGAUUGAUAGAUACGCUCUCCUGGGCUAUCCAUGAGUAUAGCAAUGUCGGACCAGACGAUGUGGAAGUCGAUAUCAAAUAUGUCGGACUCAAUUUCCGGGAUAUCAUGAUAGCGCUAGGGGUUAUGGCGGAUAAGUCAGAGUUUGGGGUCGAGGCCAGUGGGGUUAUCCGACAAUGUGGCAGCAAUGUGAAAGAGCUCCAAACUGGUGAUCGAGUGCUCAUUUCACGACCUGGACUGUUCCACACAGUCAAGUCCGUCCCAGCGAGUCUCUGUACACGGUUGCCACCAUCCCUUUCGUUUCAGGACGCUGCGGCCAUGAUGGUUGCUUAUGGAACAGCGCUCUACUGCCUCACAGAUAUCGCAAGACUGGAAAAGGGUCAGUCUGUGCUGAUUCAUGCAGCCUGUGGAGGAGUUGGUCUCGCUGCCGUGCAGCUAUGUCGCAUUAUUGGCGCAGAGAUAUAUGCCACUGUGGGGAGUGAAGCCAAAGCACUGUAUUUGGUGGAAAAUCACUGUAUCCCACGUCAUCACAUCUUCAAUUCCCGCAAUACCUCAUUUUUGCCAGACUUGAUGCGGGAGACCAAGGGCCAAGGAGUCGAUGUUGUGCUCAACUCGCUUGCCGGAGAACUUCUCCAUGCGUCUUGGCAAUGUGUCGCGGAAUUUGGCAAGAUGGUGGAGAUCGGCAAGAGGGAUUUCGAGGAGCACGGGUCCCUAGACCUGAAGGCCUUUGGUGGUAACCGGGCCUUCUUGGGAGUCGAUCUUAUUCGGUUGAUAGAGAGGCCGGGAUGGUCUGCGAGUCUCGCCCAGCGCAUCCUGGCCCUUUAUGAGCAAGGCAAAAUACAGCCAGUUCGCCCUCUAAAGGAGGUUGCUGCGGCCGAGGUGCACAAGGCCUUUCGCUACAUGCAACAGGGGCAUCACAUUGGCAAGAUCGUUGUCCGAAUGCCUAGAAGUGCAAAGGAGGUCGCCGUGGCCAAGUCUCGCAGCAACAUGGCUCUCUCUCCUGACGUGGCAUACCUCCUUGUGGGCGGCCUUGGGGGGGUUGGACGGUCAUUAGCCUCAUGGAUGGUGGAACGAGGGGCGCGGCAUCUAAUCUUUCUGUCCCGGUCCGCGGGUGACUCUCGUCAAGAUAGAAGCUUUGUUUGUGAGCUGGAGGCCCAGGGAUGCAGCGCGACCUUGGUGAGAGGUGACGUUGCUGUGCUUGAGGAUGUUCAGACGGCCAUUCGAGGCUCCGGUUACCCCAUCGGAGGAGUUCUGCUAUUGACCAUGGUAGUUAAGGAUCAACUUAUCCCGGACAUGACCUACCAGAACUGGCAGGAUGUCCUCGCAGUCAAGGUCGCUGGCGCGUGGAACAUCCACCAUGCGUUGGAUGGGCAGGACUCCUGUCUACAAUUCUUUGUGGUGUGCGGUUCUAUUACGGGCGUCAUGGGAAAUGCUGGCCAGGUGAAUUAUUCCGCGGCGAAUGCGUUCUUAGCGUCCUUUGCUCAGUAUCGGCUAGACAAAGGGCUACCUGCCUCAGUAGUAAACCUCGGAGCGGUUGACGACAUAGGAUUCCUAGCCACAAAGGACAGGAGAUUGCGUGACAGAAUGCGCUCCGCGGCGGUCCGUCUGCUAAGAGAACAAGAGGUGUUAGACGCAUUUGAAAUUGCGAUGUCACAAUGUCGGUCAAAGAAGGCCGCGCUGUCGGGUGCUAGCGGUCUGCGUGUCCCCAACAAUGUGAUUGUUGGGAUGAGUAACACCAAGUCCCUGGUUGACCCUUCUGUUCGGACUCUUUGGGGGCAGGAUGCACGGUUCAGCGCCUAUGCCAACAUAGAUACCGUCGAAAAACAGCCACAGCACUCUGCCAAUAGCGUGGUGGGGCUCCAGAAAUUGUUCCAGUCUGCAAAGAAUAAUCCUGAGUUACUGAAUGAUCCAUCGCAAGCUGCCAUGAUCGUCACGGAGAUCGUGAAAGCAAUUCAGGAAUAUUCGAUCUUCGCGCGCGGUCAGGAAUACGAUCACGUGGCAGCGACUGCCAUUGACUCCUUGAUGACAGUCGAAAUCCGAAACUGGAGCAAGCGCUAUCUUAACCUGGAUCUCCCCCUGUCAGCAAUUGCUCAAGCAGGAACCAUUGGAGGACUGGGGGAGCUAGUUCUGGUAUAUAUGCGGUCCAAAUAUUUGAAAUCUUAA